GUUUGAUCAAACUACCUCUUUGUAAGUUUGAAUUUUUUAAUCUUUUCAUCUCUCCCAACUCUGAGCCACUCACCAUUUAAUGGCGAGCGCUUCUCUGCAUGAAAAAUCCCGGAAAUGAAAACGCUUACCGUUAAAACCCUCCAACGAAAGGAAGAUUAACGAAUCAAACCCCAAAUAUAUUUACACUGCCUCAGCCUCACAGAUUGUCGCGGUUUACUCUACCGAGAACAAUUUCUUGGAUUAGAUUUCAAUAACAUGAGGUGGGAGAAGGUGAGUGCACAAGGAAAUAACUCGGGGCCUGGUAAGAGGUGGGGUCACACUUGCAAUGCCAUCGCAGGAGGCAAACUUCUUUAUGUGUUUGGUGGCUAUGGAAGUUAUGACUGCCAGACCAACCGAGUUCACGUCUUCGAUACUGUUAAUAGGAUAUGGAGUGAGCCUGUGAUGAAAGGAGCAGUGCCUAUGCCAAGAGACAGUCAUAGUUGUACCACAGUUGGCGACAAUCUAUAUGUAUUUGGCGGUACAGAUGGUAGAAAGCCCCUUGGUGAUUUGCAUAUUCUGGACACUGCCUCUAACACAUGGAUCUUGCCAAGUUUAAGAGGUGAUGGGCCUGAACCUAGGGAAGGCCAUAGUGCAGCCCUUAUUGGUAGACGGCUCUUUAUCUUUGGUGGAUGUGGAAAGUCUGAGAAUAGGGAAAUAUACUACGAUGACCUUUACAUAUUGAAUACAGAAACAUUCACGUGGAAACGUAUCGUACCAUCUGGCACACCACCAACAAAGCGUGAGAGUCAUAGCUGCUCUUCUUGGAGGAACAAAAUCAUUGUCCUCGGUGGGGAGGACACAUUCAAUUUCUACUUGUCUGAUGUACACAUUCUUGACACAGAUUCUUUUGUUUGGAGCAAAUUAAACACUACAGGGCAGCUAUUAUCACCUCGAGCUGGGCAUACAACUAUUGCCUUGGGGAAGUGCUUGUUUGUUUUUGGCGGUUUCUCUGAUGAGGAGAACCUCUAUGAUGAUGUUUAUAUGCUUGAUGUUGAUGCUGGUGUAUGGAACAGGGUUUUGGCUACUGGUGACGGCCCUUCAGCAAGAUUCUCGAUGGCUGGAGAGUGUCUGGAUCCACAUUUGGGAGGUUUUCUUGUAUUUUUGGGUGGCUGCAAUAAGAAACUCGAGGCAUUGGAUGACAUGUAUUACUUACAUACAGGGCUUGUUGGGGAAAGUGAACAAAAUGAUCGGAGAAGAGAUAAGUUGUCUUUGAGAAAACAGCUGAAGUUAAAAUGCCAGGAACAGCAAGGCAGACAAAAUGUUCAUAUGCAUGCACACCAAAAUCCUCUAGGGAAAAAAACUUUUCAAGCCAAGGUGAUAAAAAACUUUUCAGAUGGCUAUACUAUCGAGACUGUCAUAGAUGGAAAGCAUCUCCGUGGAGUGUUGUUUUCCAGCAAGCCAAAUCCUAUGAAGUUACCUUCUUCUGAUGAUUCUGAUGGGAAAGUGGAAGCUAUGGAAAUAGAUGGGAACAAGAUGAGUGAUGAUCUCAAUUGUACCACCUACAGCACAGGAUUUGCUGUUGUGGAGCAGAAUGCGAGAGAUGUUGGGCAGGCAGAUGCUCCUGGAGGGGAAUUGAUAAUGUCGGUCUCCCAAGUUGGAGAUGCUAGAGCUGGAAUUGGAAACCAACCCCUCAAUGAUGCUUCGCCUUUCCAGGAGAUCCAAACAUGGGCAUCACAUCAGUGACACGAAUCUGAACGAUGCUACAUGUACACUACGUAAUAAUUUCAUGGGGAAGCAUAAAACCAUCGUCCAGCACUUCACUUUCUGUGAAAAUUUGAUCCAUAGGAUCCUAGGAUUUGUCUUACUGUUAGUUCAAUAAUAAUAAAUAAUCAUAAUACUUGGCAGCGUCCUGGAACCUCUACACAACCAGUGCCGUCGAAAUUCAAUACGGAAUCCAAUGGUGGCGAUUUGCCCCUAAAUUGAAGGCUGGCAAGUAUUUGUCACCCACCCAAUUUGCUCCAUUCUUUUUCUUACCUUUUAGGGUAGUUUUCAGAGGCAGAAACAAUCAAACUGUACAGUUGAGAUUACCGCGGGGAAUAUUCGGACCUGUAACUUUGUCAAGACACUUCAGUGGCUGUUUCCCAUUUCUAACAAUGGCAUUGAUAUCCUUGUACGAAGUGCCUGCUGAGUAAUGUCAAUACCUGAUUCAGACCUCAUACUUAACACAAACUCGUGGUUGUCAAUUUUCCUUUGACUCAAUUUGAUCCCCACGGACCCCACUCUUAAAAUUGGAGCCAAAUUAGAUGAUGUUUAUAGUAUAUUCUUAUUCUAGAUUUCUCGGGAUCUGCUCAAAUAAGAUGGAUUUAUC